UUUCCACCUACUACCAACCACCAUUCGACCACUACUACUGCCAUCAGCCUUGCCGUCGCCUUCCUAUCCUUCCUCCUCGUAGACAGAGCAACUUCUGCACAUCCGAACUUGCUCAUUGGUCCUACCGGCGCGAAUCAUAGCCGCUGCCUCCCGUCACGCGCCCGCUGCACCCCGACUGUCUUGAAAGAGCACAAUCACGACUAUGCCGCCACCUCCACCACCUCCCCCUCCGCCGCCAAUGCCCCCAGGCAUGUCUGGCGGCCCACCACCCCCNCCCCCACCACCUCCUGGAGGGCUGCCCAGCAGACCACCUGCUGCUGCUGCCCAGGGCAGAGGAGCACUACUAGGCGACAUCACAAAGGGCGCCAAACUGAAGAAGGUCACCCAAAUCAACGAUCGUUCUGCUCCCAUCGUAGGCAACGAGAAGAAGUCAUCAGGUCCUGCUGCCAUGGGCGCUCCUCCAGUACCCGGCAUGCUUAAACCACCAGGAGGUUCUGCCCCUCCGCCUCCAUCCGGCGCAAACAGAGACCGCGCGUCGAGCGAUGUUGGAGCUGCACCACCGCAGUUAGGAGGCCUCUUCGCUGGCGGCAUGCCCAAGUUGCGGAAGUCUGGCGGUGUCAAGACAGGCGCAGACGGAGAUUCUUCAUACAUGGGAGGCUCAGAUGUUCCAUCACGACCUGUAUCUGCUGCUCCUAGACCUUCAGGCGCACCCCCAGGCGCUCCUCCUCGUCCAAUGAGUUCGGCUCCACCGCUCCCUCCUUCAGCGCCUCCACCUCCAUUAGCACCGCCCCCAAAUCCAGCAGUAUCGGCUCUCAGAAACAGUGUGCGUCCUCCACCACAAUCUACCAGCUCCUCGCCCGCUGCUCCGUCCAAGCCCAAACCUCCUCCGAUCGGCAAGAAGCCUCCUAUGCCUCCGCCUUCUUCGCGCAAACCCUCUGGCAACCUCCCGCCCCCACCUCCUUCUGCUUCACCAGCUCCUCCGGCUGCUCCUCCUCUGCCGCCAUCUUCAGCACCCAGACCGCCACCACCUCCGCCUUCUAUGAGCGCGCCUCCACCUCCAAUGAGUGCUGCCCCAUCUCUAGCCGAAACAGCUGCGCGCAAUGCAUUUGGUCGAGCCUCGCCUGCUAUCGCUCCUCCUCCACCGCCUCCCCCUCCAGCCAUGUACAACACGACACCUCCGAGGUCACCUGCGCCAGCACCACCGCCACCCCCCGCAGCCGCACCUUCACCGCCUCGACCGCCAGUUGCAGCGCCUAGUCCCCCACAAGCAGCACCCUCACCACCUCCUUCGUUCGCUCCCUCUAGACCUCACGCAGGCUCCAUCUCGCGAUCGACCAUGGAUGCUUCAUCAUACACACUGAGCAACGGAGGUGCAUUGAAAUCACCGAGCCAGUCAUACCAAGGGACAAUUGGGGGUGGAAGUGGUGCAGGACGCCUCCACAUUGAAGACACACGAUUCAAAUUUCAGGCAGAUGCGACGCUUCCAAAACCGCGAGAGUUUUCAGGAGUCACCAAAAUGUACCGAGCAGGUAGAGGUAGUACGGUGCCACUGGAUCUUGGAGCUUUUGAAUAGUUUGGUGUCUGAGCAUAGAGAGAAAGGAAUGCAAAGGACAAAGCAGGUGGAAUUGUGGGCAUCCAACAAGCAUAGAGGGUAUCGUACAGAAAGAAAAUGCGACUUUGUAUGCAGGCUUCAGAGAUGGAGACCCUCUUCUUCCUGGUCAUGCUGUGUAUCCUGAGCCAGCCUGGCCUCCAACUGUGCUCUCAAUUGUUCGUCGGUCAAGCGACCACUUUGAGCCUGUGAUGAUUGUGUUUGACUUGUGUUGGUAGUGGUAUAGCCGUUGACCAUUGCUUCGCUGGUCUGACGAUCCUCGACUUCUGCCUCUGACCAUCUCAUUCCUCUCUUUUCGACUUCGGCUCGGAUCAUUUCGAUGCGCUCGUUCAUGCGGUUGAUGACGAUGAGGUUCUCGUACAUGGCGUCUUUGCAAUCUUGAGGCAUGUUAGAGGGAGACUGGUAGAUCGAGUAGACACAAACAUACCUUGAUCGCCCUCAUCGGCGAAAG